UUGAGCUUUAUUUUCAGAUAUCUCUCCCUUCUGCGGCAGUUCUCGAAGCAUUCGCUGAGCACUUAUGAACUUUCAGUGGCUGUGGAAAAGCUCUUACCAAGAGACCUGCAAGUCAUCCAUGGUGAAUUUGUACAAAUUUUGUCGGAAUCAUGUCAGCUGAGUACAGUUUCGAGAUCGGUUGAGGACAUUCUUAUGGGAAAGAAAAGUCGAGAGUUAAAGACAAUGUUAGCUGAUCGAAUCGAUGCUGCAGUACAUGUGCGUAAGAACCCCUCUCUGAAUGGAAUUGGAUUCCGCAGUGACUUUCAGCCACUUUUUAGUAAUGGCAUUGAACGGAAACAUUCUCUUCACCAAAUCACUACAGCAGACCUCUUUGAGUCGUUCACGAACGGAUGGGCAGCUCCCGACUCAACAGCUGGUCAAAUUAUUGGCGAAGCUGUGAAAACAAUGUUAGCUGAUCGAAUCGAUGCUGCAGUACAUGUGCGUAAGAACCCCUCUCUGAAUGGAAUUGGAUUCCGCAGUGACUUUCAGCCACUUUUUAGUAAUGGCAUUGAACGGAAACAUUCUCUUCACCAAAUCACUACAGCAGACCUCUUUGAGUCGUUC